ACGUCAUUUCCUACCCAGAUAUCACUUCCUAGUUAGCAAGUCUCCAAACCAAUAAUUUCCUCAUUGCAGGUGUCUCUGCCAUCACUGUGCAGAUUUCCAAUUUGUUUAUCCUAUUUUAUAUUCUGAUUUGUUUAGUAUACAUACAGCGAAUUAUCGAUUUGUACUGCUGUGAACUCUGUGCACAACUCGGCUCACAUCGAAAUACUCUUUAUUGUUAAAGUGUUGUUGGGUACAUUUCAUCAAAAUUCGCUUAAUCGAGGAAAAUAUGUCCGAGACAGCAGCCGUACAUCCGAACAAUGCAAACGAUAAGAUCGCGGUGCUGAUGAAGGAGGCGGAAUCGCUGAAGGCUAAGCUGGAGGAGGAGCGAGCAAAACUGAAUGAUGUCAGCUUGUCCACGGUUGCUGAGAGACUGGAAAUGAUUACGUAUAUAAACAUUAAGCCGAGGAGAGUGCUGAAAGGACACCAGGCCAAGGUGUUGUGCUCCGAUUGGAGCCCCGACAAACGGCACAUCGUUUCGUCCUCGCAGGAUGGUAAACUGAUCAUCUGGGAUGCGUUUACAACGAAUAAAGAACAUGCAGUUACUAUGCCCACCACUUGGGUAAUGGCUUGUGCCUAUGCACCAUCUGGAAAUUUAGUUGCUUGCGGCGGACUAGACAACAAAGUCACCGUCUACCCAAUAACUUUAGAUGAAGAUAUGUCUACAAAGAAACGCACAGUCGGUACUCAUACUAGCUACAUGUCGUGUUGUACCUUUCCCAAUUCCGAUCAACAAAUUUUAACUGGCAGCGGGGAUUCUACAUGUGCCCUAUGGGAUGUCGAAUCAGGUCAACUUUUGCAGAGCUUCCAUGGACAUACCGGUGAUGUUAUGUCGUUAGACUUAGCUCCAAGUGAAACUGGAAAUACAUUCGUUUCAGGGAGUUGUGAUAAGAUGGCUUUCGUAUGGGAUAUGCGUUCUGGCCAUGUAGUUCAAUCUUUCGAAGGACAUCAGUCGGAUGUAAAUAGCGUUAAAUUCCAUCCAAGUGGAGAUGCUAUUGCAACCGGUUCGGAUGAUAGCACGUGUCGUUUGUUCGACAUGCGCGCUGAUAAAGAAAUCGCAAUAUAUUCCAAGGAGAGUAUAAUUUUCGGUGUUAACUCAGUCGACUUCUCAGUGAGUGGUCGACUGUUGUUCGCCGGAUAUAACGAUUAUACCGUUAAUAUUUGGGAUACAUUGAAGUCUCAGCGAGUAUGUCUUCUUUAUGGACAUGAAAAUAAAGUUUCAUGUGUUCAAGUGUCUCCGGAUGGAACUGCUCUGUCCACAGGUAGUUGGGAUUAUACCAUACGGGUCUGGGCAUAAGUUUGCGCACAAAAGCAAGAAGCGGAAAAGUUAUUUGAAACAAUUGUUAGCCAAAGUUUAUCGAUACGAGUUCUAGUCUAAAUACCAUAAUUAUAAUUGUGAAAAAUAAUGUUGAAUUUUCAUUUAUAAAAUGUUUUGCUUAAUGGGAAGGCAAUAAAGAAAAAGAUUGAUGAAUGUUGAUCCCAGUGAA